CUUUUAUUUUGGUCUUAUGUUGUGACGUCAUAAGACUGCGCCACUCUCUUGCAUUUGCAGCUGAAGAAAGAAGAAAGUGUCCGAACACACAGAAAAACUAUUGGUCUAAUCAUCUGAGAUCAACUUGACACAUUGUUAUAAAGAUGGAGUUUAUUAAAGAGGAGAGUGAAGACAUGAAGAUUGAAGCAUUCAGAGUCAAAGAUGAAGAUACUGAGGAACAAACAAAGAUGGAGUUUAUUAUAGAGGAGAGUGAAGAAACAUCCAGACUCAAACAUGAAGAAGAUACUGAGGAACCAACAAAGAUGGAGUUUAUUAAAGAGGAGAGUGAAGACAUGAAGAUUGAAGAAACAUUCAGAGUCAAACAUGAAGAUACUGAGAAACAAACAAAGAUGGAGUUUAUUAAAGAGGAGAGUGAAGAAACAUUCAGAGUCAAACAUAAAGAUACUGAGAAACAAACAAAGAUGGAGUUUAUUAAAGAGGAGAGUGAAGACAUGAAGAUUGAAGUCAAACAUGAAGAUACUGAGGAACAAACAGACCUGAUGGCACUGAAGGAAGAGAGGCAAGAACUUACAGAGAUAGAAGAGAAAAAUGAAUAUACGCAAUGUGAUUUAAUGACUGUGGGAAAAUCCAUACACACUAAAACAACUUCAUCACGAAAAAAAGUUCAGAGGACCAAAUCAAACGUUUCCUUCACCUGCCAUCAAUGUGGAAAGUGUUUCGGUAGAAGAUAUAACUUUGAAAACCACAUGAAAAUUCACACUGGAGAAAAGCCUUUCACAUGCCAACAGUGUGGAAAGAGUUUUAGAGAGAAAGGUGGCCUUAAUUCCCACAUGAAGCGUCACAUUGGAGGGAAGCUAUUCACAUGUGAUCAUUGUGGAUUGGGCUUCAGAAAAAAAGUAACCCUUAAUUUUCACACAAAGAGCGAACACUCAGGAGAGGAUGGCUUUAAAUGUCAUUGGUGUGGAGAGAACUUCAGUUGUAAAGUAAGCCUCAAAACUCAUACGGGACUUCACACUGGAGAGAAGCCUUUUAACUGCACACUGUGUGGAAAGACCUUCUCAUACAAAGGACAUCUUACGGGUCACAUGAUUGUUCACACUGGAGAGAAGUUGUUUCCAUGUGAUCAGUGUGGAAAGUGUUUAAAACAUAAAUCAAGCCUUGAUUUUCACAUGAAAAGACACGCUGGAGAGAAACCCUUUAACUGCAAACUCUGUGAGAAGAGCUUCUCACAAAAAGGACAUCUUACGGGUCACAUGAAAACUCACACAGGAGAGAAGCCUUUUGUGUGCGCUCAGUGUGGAGAAUGUUUUACACAUGAAAUGGCCCUUGCUAAUCACACGAGGCUUCACUCAGAAGAGAAGUCUUUUAAUGGUGAUCAGUGUGGAGAGGGAUUCCCAGACAAGAGACACCGAAACUCGGAUGAAAAAUGCAUUCGUUCAGUUCAUUCUCGAGAGUCAUCUUUCACAUGCCAUGACUGUGGAAAGAGUUUCAGAUUUAAAGCAAACCUCAAGGUUCACAUGAGAAUCCACUCUGGAGAGAAACCCUUCGCCUGCACUAACUGUGGAAAGAGUUUCAGUCAGAACAUAAGCCUUAAGAAUCACAGGAGGAUUCACACUGGAGAGAAACCUUUUACCUGCAACGUGUGUGGGAAUACCUUCGCAUAUAAAUCACAAUAUAAUUGCCACAUGAGAACUCAUACUGGAGAGAAGCCUUUUACCUGCAAAGUGUGUGGGAAGAGCCUCUCACGCAAAGCAGCUCUUAAGGAUCACAUGGACAUUUUACACUGGAGAGAAGCCGUUUCCAUGUGAUCAGUGUGGAAAGUGUUUCAGACGUAAAGCAGCCCUUAACUCACACAUGAAAUGUCACACUGGAGAGGGUCCGAAUACCUGCAAACGGUGAGAAGAGCUUCACAAGUAAAUCAACCCUUAAUGCCCACAUUAGAAAUCACACAGGAGAGAAGCCCUUUAACUGCAAACUGUGUGAGAAGAGCUUCACACCAAAGGGAAAUCUUAAGAUUCACAUGAGGCUUCGCGCUGAAGAGAAACAUUUACUUGUCUUCAGUGAGAACCUUUACAUAUCAACAAGACCUGAAACGACAUUUGCAAACACAUUCUGGAAAGAAACAAAAGUCCUCUGCAGAUAUAGUAUGAAAAAUAAAAAACACGAUUGCUCUGGAGUCAUGAAGAUGUGGACAAUAUUUGUGUUCUUAUUGAGGAAAAUGUUUUAAAUGGCUCAGUCACUUAAAAUGGCAGCAGAAAGUGUGAAACUAAAGCUAUGUUCUCACCACAGCCGAAAAUGACCCAAAUCUGAGCACCCACCUUCAUGACCAUUUACAUUUUUCACCUCUUUAUGAGUCUGAAUUUUUUUUGUCUUAUACUUAUGAACUGCUGUGAACACACCUGACCAUCUACUUUGUCAUAGUCUAGUUGUUCUCAAAAUUUUGGUUUGUUCCCAGACACAACUUUGUGAAUAUGAAAUUCAUUUUUGAAACUGUACUGGAUUUUACAUUCACCACUUUUUUAAGGCCUUUAUGGGCUUUCUUUUUGUAUUAAUAGGCCUUUUUUUACACUAUGUAAGGAACAUAUUAUAAAAUGACUAUAGCUGUCCAAAUGCCAAUGUUCAACAUUUUUUGAUAAUUAUUGACCUAGUCAGUCUAGAGAAUUGUACUGCAGUGGUUUUAUUGAUCUUCAGCCAAAACUCAUGGACUAGUUUACAAAAGUAUUUUUUUUUUAAUCUUGAAUAUUUAAUUAAAACUUUUAUUGACAACAUUGUUCCAAGGAGCAAAGUGUUUCAGAAUGAGGAGAUCUAUCAUAUUAUAUGGAGAUCUAAAGUUUGUGUGAAUAUAUGAAAAUUUUCAACCUAUUUGAGGCCACUUACCAUAUAAAUCUUGUGUUUUUGUGGCAUUUUUAACUGUUACCGCGCCAUCUGUGGUCCGAUCUCUAUGAUACUUUGCAAAAUUGUUAAGAGUCCUCUCAGAAAUGUUUUCACCAGUUUUCCUAAAGUGUUGAGCUUUUGUUUAGGUUUUAUAAGCUUUUGGGUAUUGUAGCCACACCUCUUUAAAUAUUAACCUGUUAUAGCUAACCAAAGGAAUUUUUUUUUAUAAUUGUUGAUCUAGAGAGUCCAGAGAAUAUUACUGCAGUGGUUUAAUUGAGAUUAAGCAAAAAACCUAGGACAAGUUUGCAAAAGUAGGUUUUUAAUACAUUUGUGAAUAUUUAAUGAACAAUGUGAUUGACAGCCUUAGUUCCCGAGGCAAAGUUGUUCAGAAUGAGGAGAUCUAGCAUAUGAUAUGAAGAUCUAGUGUUUGUGUGAAUAUAUGAAUAUGUUCGAUAAUUUCAGGUCAUUUUCUUUUUUAUCUGUUAUUUCUAUGACCAUUUUCCAACAGUUUUAUGCAAAUCAUAUGUAUGAAUGUAAACAGAACACAAAACCAAAGCAAAAAUCCUGCACACACUUGAAGCAUUAAGUAAAAAUAUAUCAAAUCAGGCAAUAGGAGGGUCGUCCAAAUAUACUUGUUAUAAUAAUGAAUAAAAAGUUGCCAAAUUGAGUAAAA